CUGUAAAUAACGGCUAAUAAAAGGAUCCAACCACAAAGAGACACCGGUCCCCAAACCCCAAAGCACUCUUACGGGUAGACAUAAUCGAUCAGCUUAUCAGCUUACGCAUCCUCAUUCCAGUGAAUUGUUGCACAAAAAGUAACAGAAGAAUCAUCAUGCCGUUCGCUGUGUUGUCCUUUAAUGCUACCGAUGGACUCCAACUGGCCCGCUUUGUGCUCAGUUGUCCUGAUACCCUCAAAGCUCAUUUGGAAGAUGCGCUGUGCGUUGAGUUCCCAGAAGAUGCCGAAGACGACGAACCGCAAGAGGAGUUCUAUUGCAUUUGGAAAGGCAAUGACUGCGUCCUAAGCAAGGGAUACUACCUGGAGGUUCACGAUUUAUUGAACAAGAUCGAAAUGAAUGGCUGGAAGAUAGACCAAUUCAGUACCUCGUUGACAGGGAGUGGUGUCCAGUGUCAAACUUAUGUCUUUCAGCAGCAGAUCUAGGUUGGCUGCAAUACACUGAUUGACAUAGAUUGAUAACGGAAUCAAGCAUUUGGCAAACAUGGAAGCGAGAAAAGAGGCGCAGUUCUUGGAGGACUGUUGUCAGGAGGACUGGCCAAAGGAAAAGAGUUAAAUUGGGUCGUCGCUUCGAUGAAAUUGGGUCUAAAAACACCAGUAAACGUUGCCGGAAUUCUGGAUGCCUUACCAUUCUUUAUGUUGAGGUUUCACAAAUAGCGAUCUUUAUCUGUUGGUUAGCUAAGGUAGGACCCAGUUUUGCAGUU